AAUAUCGGGACGGUGCAAGCUAGCUGUGGGCGCGGGGAGCUUCGGCGGGCCAACAUAAGGGCUCCGCCCUGAUCGAGCUCGCCGCUCUGACGGGCUGAAGAGGUCAUGACGGGCGCUCUUUGGAGCGAGAAAUUACAAAUUUGAGGGUCUCCAAAACGGGGAAAAAUUGGAAUCUCUAUGGCUGCCUGAAUUGAUGCUCUGGAACGGAAAUUUAGGCUAAAAAAGAGGGUCCCAACCGCUGCACAUAUUCGUAUCAUACAUGAUACAUUUAUUCUGAGUACCCCUCCCCCAGGGGAUGGGGGAACUUAAACAAAAAUUAAUAGAGGUCUCAUCUUUUGAUAUGAAGAAAACCAAAUAACGUAUCUGCAUAAACAUGUCCAUGACGGGAUAAGCAGCCAAGCGAUACUUACCUAUUCUACACAGGACGCUUGGUUUGCACUCGUUGCUGCCUAUUGAAAUGAGAUCGAGAGUCACUGUGUUCAAGUACAGCGAAAUAAAGAUUGAAAAUGGUGCUGCCUUGCCAUGCCUAUAAGAGGCUUUUCUACACGAAUGCCCGACUGACCAUUGAAACUAUUAGUCAUUUGCAAUAGUGCUCAGAUUGCAUGUGCUAUCAGUGUUCUAAAGGCUCGCCAUUUUACACCGUCAGAAGCGGCCAACAAUUAUCAAGGAAAGACAUGAUCCAAGUCCAUAGACGAAAUAAAGAGAAGAGCACUACGAAAGGAAACUUGAUCACUCAGCCGACCUGACGGUGUAGACAUCAAUUAUGUCGGUGGACUCUAUUCUCGGAAUCAUUUUACACGUUCCGUUUCCUUGGAAUAUCAAUUCUUGACCGAUCGACGUGAGAUUCACAGACCGGGAGGAAAUGGCAUCGGAGAACUGCAGACAGUUUUUCGCCAACAUGAUGCGAAGGAAGGCAAACCCAAUGCAUUCGCAGAAUCAGAUGUUGGAAUCUCAACUUCACAAAAAACUGGGCACAUUUGAGCUAACACUCCUUGGGAUAGGGAGUAUGGUUGGUGCAGGACUGUAUGUACUCACUGGUGUCGUAGCGAAGGAGACAACAGGUCCUGCCAUCAUUGUAUCGUAUCUUCUAUCAGCGGUCGUAGCUAUCCUGAUAGCUAUGUGUUAUGCCGAACUGGCAGCGAAGAUUCCCCGAACCGGUUCGGCAUAUACCUUUAUCUAUAUAGCUCUUGGUGAAGUUUGGGCUUUCUUCAUUGGAUGGAAUCUGCUUCUAGAGUACGUGGUUGCGUCAGCAUCUGUUGGUCGCGGAAUUAGCGGAUACAUUGACCGUCUUUGCAAUGGGACGAUUUCAAACUUCACCAUCGAGUAUCUUAUGGGUGGAGAACCCUGGCAAUCUACAUACUUUGCUCAGUACCCCGAUCUCCUUGCAAUAGCAAUUGAACUAUUCAUUUCUAUUUUUGUUAUACUUGGGGUAUCUAUAUCGUCUUGGAUGAAUACAAUAUUUCUUUCCAUUAAUGUAGUGGUUGUUCUCAUUAUUUGUGGCUUUGGGAUAGCUUUCGGCAAACUCGAGAAUUGGACAACCAAUGGUGGCUUUGCCCCGUAUGGGAUAGAAGGUGUCGUAACGGGUGCUGCUACUCUGUUUUAUUCAUUUGUAGGGUUCGAUACUAUAGCUAACUGUAACGAAGAGGCGAUAAACCCUAAACGGGGUAUUCCCAUCUCCACGAUCGUUUCUGUGUCGACUGCCGCCAUAAUGUACAUUGCAACUUCUGCGUCAUUAACUCUUCUGGUUCCAUAUAGCGACAUCGACGUGAACUCGUCGUUCCCGAAUGCUCUGGCUGAUCAUGGUAUUACUUGGGCCACGUAUGCAAUAUCCGUUGGCGCAAUUAGUGCUAUGUCAUCAACACUCAUGGGCGCCAUUAUAUCUAUGUGCCGUUGUGUAUAUGCCAUCGCAAACGAUGGACUCUUGUUUCCUUUUCUGGCCAGAAUAAACGAACGAACCAAAACACCCAUCAAUGCAACCCUCGUCUCUCUAAUCCUCACACUUGUCAUGACAAUUUGUUUCUCAAUGGAUCAACUUGUCCAUUUUCUCUCUGUUGGAACGUUAAACGCAUUUGCCUUUGCCUCUGGUUCUCUAAUAAUACUACGCUACCAACCCACGGAGUCAGAUCUAUGCACCACUGAGCUUACAGAUUAUGCCUCAACAUCUGAUGAAUCUCGGAACGGCUCGCAGGAUUCAUCAGAUAACAUUCCUGACGUUGAUGAAGACUUACACCAACAUAAUGAUGAUAAACAAAGUCUCACACACGGUCCUACUGAUCAGGCAGACCAUCUAAGCAGCAACAUACCCGGUACCUUGAAGGAACGAUACCGGACCUUCCCUAUCAUCAAGCACCUCUCUAGGUUCCCUCCGGGUCGAUGUGUCGUUUUCAGCCUUCUCUUCUCAGUGAUCUGUGUAAUAUGUGCACUUGCCGUUGCAGAGUAUGGCUUUAAGAGCCUCCUUAAUGGGGAUUGGUGGGCGAUACUACUGCUACUGUUCUUCACAGUAGGGGCUGUUCUGUCUUUUCUGCUGAUCACUAUGCAUCACCAGGAAACACCAUCAGAAGAAUAUUUUGCUGUAAAGUUUGUUCCAUUAGUUCCAUAUAUGAGCAUCUUGGCGGAUAUUUUUCUUCUCUUGCGUCUAGAUGUCGAGGCAUGGGUGCGCUACGUAAUCUGGUUGGCAGUAGGUGCUAUUAUAUAUUUUGCCUAUGGAUACAGACACAGUCAUUUAGCAGAUCAACGAAGACCGGGUGAAGUCCUUCGGCAACAGUUCGAUUACGGGACAAUGAUAUCUCACCAGGAUUAAAAGGCCCUUUAAUAUUUACCGUCUUCGAAAUCAGCAAUACCAAGCUUUCGCAACCGGAACGGGAACGAAAUCUACAACAUAGUAAAUAUAUUGAAAAUGCCCGUCAAAUCAAAAUGACAACUGAGGGGGCUUUGUCGAAAAUUGGUAAACUGAGACAGGUGAUCAUCGUAAAUUCUGAGCUGACAAAAAACUACAAAUUAUGACGUUUGUCAAGAUUCAUAAACGACACUACUGUUUGAUUCAACGACUUUCGACAAAGACUGCUUUGUCGUGAAUGACUUUUGGCGAAAGAUUAUCUACAUGUAUGUCCCAGAAAGCAUCUCUUCAGUGUUGCGAAAACUCCCUUAUGGGGAGGAACAGAACUCGUCAAAUAGACCGGUUUACUAACAUAUUCAAAUUUUAUGCAUACCAGUUUAACAAAGGUUGCCUCUAACAACCGGAAAGCUUGUCCGACAUAGCAACAACUAAUGAAUGCAAAGUGGAUUCCAAGUAUUGAAAUACCAUUGUUACAGGCUAAUGGAUUAACUCCUUACUAGGCCCCGAGGGAAGAAACAUCCAUAAAUUUGACUACAUUAGUAAACCGGUCUAUUGAAGAUAUUUUCGGAAUUGGACAGUGUUCAGGAGGAAUUCAAUAUGACAAGAAUGUUUUUAUGUUGAUCACGUGAGUCGUUGAUACCAACUAACCUUCUAGCAGCCUCGGUUGCUAGGGAAUUAAGAUAAUUUUCACAUUGUAAAAAUAUGAUGUGUAAAAAUGGAGGUUAAAAUAUAUCAAUUAUAUAGUAUUCAUUGCUCCAUAAUGUACCUUACCAAAAGUUCAUGCCUUGAAACAUGAAAAGCUCGCAUUCGCAACCGCAACGGAGAUGGAUUCUACAACAUAGAAAAUCUAUUGAAAACUUCCUUCAAAUCACAAUGAACAGCUAAGAGGUCUUUUUGGCCGAAAAUUGGUGAACUGGGAGAUGAUCGUCGUAAGAUUCUGAGGUGAUGAAAAAUUGCAAACAUCUUGUUUGUCCAGAGUCCACAAAGAAAAUGCUGCAUUAAUUCACCAAUUUUCGACAAACUUCUUUGUCAUGAAGGGCUUUUGACAAUAGAUUUUCUGUGUUGUAUACUCCGUCCCCGUCGCGAUUUCGAAAACUCCCAAAUGUCACAAAAAAGACAGAGUGAGUACUAUUCACAGCAACCAUCCCACAAUUGUUGUGAUUGUUAAGAAAUGUAAAGAAUGAAAAAUUGAAAAGCCGCUUGUGGAAUUUCAUCAUGAAAAACGCAGGUCGUUUUGGUAAGGUACCUUCAAGGGGAAUUUGGUUUGAUAAAAUCAGAAAACAAAAUAAAGAUAUUAGUAAAGACUUGACAAAAUCAAUCAAAGAAAAAAAAAUUGUAGAUUUUCAAAGCUUGAGUUUUGUGAUGUCAUAAGCAAUCAGCUUCUCCGUCAAUCGUCAUGUGAUAUUACUCCAAUAAAAUGCAUAUUAUGCUCCUAUAAGAAGUGUGUUCAUUAGGUUGUUUGUCUGCUAGGAAGAAGAACUCAAGAGUGAGAUAAUUAUUCUAUAGUAGAACAUUAUGAUUCAUUGUAAAGGACAUUCGGCAAGAGCCCUUCUUUCGGGAGGGGACUUUUUAAUUUCGCAGUGCGUACUUGUGUGUACGGAUGUAAAUGGUAAGAUAAUAAACGGAGAUAUUCCAUUGAAAUAAUGGUUUCUAUAGGAGCAUGAAACACAAAGAUAACCAAUGAAUGUUUGACAUAAAAUCCUCUCAUUUUUCAAUUUCUUUCCGGAAAAGUUUUCAAUUUUUUCCCCCCAAUUUUGUUUUCUCUGCGUCAAAUGUAUAAGGUGGUCUUAAUACUUUGAAACAAAAUUUAUAAAUUCGGCUCUCAGACCCUUGGCUUAUUUGGGAUUAUUAUUAGAUAACUGGGCAAAAUGAAUUAUCGGAAUAUUUCUAUUCCCAGAUUUCUAUUUCGAACAAUAAAACAUACAUUUUGUUAUUUCCUUUCUUGAUGACACACUGCUCCUUUCAGGAGCAGUGUGUCAUCAAAAAAGCUUAAAUUCUAGCUUUGAAUUUUCACAAAACUCUCAAAUACUUCUCUCUCAUUUUAUGUUUUAAAGAAAGCCACCAUUUGCGAUGAGGGUGGGUCGGGAGAACUACCUCUUCAAACUUCAUGUCUGACUACAAUUUGAAAAUUUGCAAAUAUAUCAUUAAAUAGAUAUGUGAGUUAUAAUAAGAUUGUUUAAACCAUACUUGCAUAUGUUAUGAAUAAACUGAAGUAAAUAAGGUUGUCCAGAACCGUUUAUUCACCAUA